AUGGCUACCGCCGCCGAGAAGAGCGACCAGACCCUUGCGUCGCUCGCUGUGGGCUUCACGCUUGGCUUUGGCCUGCUCACAGUAUGGGAGGCUGUCAAGCAGACCAGGCGAAGCAAGAACCCGCGGCGAAGCUCAUAUGUGUACAUGAUCUGGGUCGAGGUUGCCUCCAACGUCGCCAUUCUGAUUUUGGCGAACUUGCUGUUCCAUGGGAUCGUCGCCCCUAGCGUUACCGUGUUGUUCUUCAUCCUGUUUUGUUGGGUUUUCGAGGUGCAGAUUCUCAUGCAAAUUAUCAUCAACCGGAUAGCCAUCAUCUGCGAGACACAAGAUAUCGUACGGCGAUUGAAAUGGGGAACGGCUAUUGUCAUGACGGCAAUCAACAUUGCUGUCUUCUGUAUAUUUAUUCCCGCGCAUCGAGUCCCUCCCGUGAGCAACACGUACGUCGAGAUCAAUAAGUACUGGGACAGAAUAUCAAAGGUCAUCAUUUGUCUGAUCGACGCCGGUCUCAACUAUUACUUCCUGAGGAUCGUGAAGCAACGUCUCCUUGAUCAAUAUGGUCUCAUGAAAUAUGCUCCGCUGGUCACCUUCAACGCCAGGUUGAUGUUCAUUUCUGUCCUUCUCGAUGUCCUUCUGAUAGGGCUCAUGAGUCUUCCUAAUCAGACGGUGUUCAUGCUGUUCCAUCCACUCGUUUACGUCUGUAAGCUGAACAUCGAAAUGACCAUGGCCAGUCUCAUUGUGAAACUGGCACAGAGCGGCCGAAGCGACGCCUACUUCGCAAACUCGCACUCGCACAGCACUCCCCACCCCAACUCCCAAAUUCGAGGGGGGCGAAACACGAACGAGAGAGAGGUCGCGCUAAAGACCUUCACCGAGUCGAGAGUCCGGGCGUCAUUCUCCAACGGGAGCGACGACCCUCAGGCACCCUUCCCCAGCGGGGCCAUACAAAGGACGAGGGAGUUCCAGAUCACGGUGCACCACAGCAACUCGGGCAGCAUGGACGAGUCCAAGGAGUUCUCGAGCGGGGGAGACGACGAGGCGUGGUUGACGCGGCACCCGGGCCACCCGAGAGAUGGGAACAGCGACAAGUCGAUGGGGACCAGGGACUCGUGA